CCCAGAACCUCAAACAGUUUCCAGCAGGGAACAGGCCUGGCUUCUGAAAGCCCAGCCAGCGCAGGUCACAGCGCUCCCAUUCAGUGGGAGCCAGGAGAGGGCUCGCUCUCCCUCCCCUAGGCCAGGGCUGCUGAUGGGCGGGGCGUCCAGCCAUCUCCCUGUUUCCCAAGCUGCGCUUGAACUUCCUCCUGGAGCCAGCACUUCCCUGCACUCAGCACAACUUUCCAGGCAGAGGACACCAGGAGGGCGAGUGAGCAUCGUCAGCUACUCCAUGCACCCCUGACAGGCCCCCCAAAAUGAGGCUCCCCGCGAAGAUUCUGUGGCUCAUGUUAUGGUCUGUGUGUGUAGCACAAGAUUGUCAAGGGCCUCCUCCGAGAAAACAGACAGAAAUUCUGACAGGUUCCUGGUCUGAACAGGGCUACUCGGAAGGCACGAAGGCCACCUACAAAUGCCGCCCUGGGUACAGGACGUAUGGCACAAUCACCAUGGAAUGCAAAAGAGGGGAAUGGGUGUCCCUCAACCCAUCCAAGAUAUGUCAAAAAAAGCCCUGUGGUCACCCAGGAGACACGCCCUUCGGCUCAUUCGAACUUGCAGAAGGAAAUAAAUUUGAAUACGGUGCCAGGGUAGUUUACACAUGUAAUGAGGGGUAUAAAAUGAUAGGCGACACUGAUUUCAGAGACUGCGAUGCAGAUGGAUGGACCAAUGAUAUUCCUCUAUGUGACGUGGUGAAGUGUCUGCCCGUGGAGGAGCCGCAGAACGGGAGGCUCAUCAGCAGCGCCUACGAACUGAACCAGGAAUACACUUACGGCCAAGUGGUCAGGUUUGAGUGCAAAGCGGGCUUCAAGCUGGCCGGGCCGGCGGAAAUACAUUGCUCAGGAAGCGGCCUGUGGAGUGGCGAUAAGCCCAACUGUGUGGCCAUCUCCUGCAGCCUCCCGCAGAUCCCAAAUGGCGAGCCCACGUCUCCUAAGGCCUCAUAUCGAGACAGUGAGAGGCUUCAGUACCAGUGCCUCCCAGGGUACAGUUACAGCGGAAGAGCAGAGACCGUCUGCACCCAGUCGGGGUGGAACCCGCCUCCGUCCUGCCAAGAGAUGACAUGUGAUGCUCCAAGAAUUGCAAACAGUCACUUCGUUGCUGACAGGAGCACAUACAGAGUGGGAGACACAAUCAGAUACUCCUGCAAAAGUGGCUUUUCCCCUUCCUCCCGGGGAAAUACUGCAAAAUGUACUGACAUAGGCUGGGAUCCUCCUCCAAGAUGUAGCUAUAAGCCCUGUGAGUUUCCAGAAAUAAAACAUGGAAGCCUACAUUGGGGAGACUGGUAUAGAUCACACUUCCCAGUAUCGGCAGGACAAUGGUAUCACUAUUCCUGUGAUGACAACUAUGUGACUCCUUCACAAAGCAAGUGGGAUCGCUUGACUUGCACACAAGAUGGCUGGACCCCGGAAGUGCCCUGCCGCAGAAAAUGCAUUUUCAAUUAUUUGGAAAAUGGACAUCGUCCACGAUAUGAACAAAGCUAUUUGCAGGGCACAUCUGUACGUGUUAAUUGCUAUCCUGGCCACAAGCUUCAAAACAAGCAGACCACAAUGACCUGUACGGAGAAUGGCUGGCUCCCUCCUCCCAGAUGCAUCCGUGUCGAAACGUGUUUAAAGUCUAAGGUAAAAAUUGAGAAUGGAUUUAUUGCUGAGGCUGAAUCUACAUAUCUCUUAAAUCAAAAAGUAAAAUAUAAGUGCAAACAAGGUUAUGUAACAGAAGAUGGCCUCACAUCCGGGUAUAUUACGUGUCUCCAGAACGGAUGGUCAGCUCAACCCAGAUGCAUUAAAUCUUGUGGUGUGCCAGUAUUUGAGAAUGCCAGAGCCAAAAGUGAUGGCACGUGGUUUAAGGUCAAUGACAGGUUGGCCUAUGAAUGCCAGGAUGGAUAUAAAAACCGAGAUGGACACACCGUAGGCUCCAUAGUGUGUGGUGACAAUGGUUGGUCUGAUACACCCGCCUGUCAGGAAAGAGAAUGCAUCGUUCCUGAUAUAGAGCAGAACUUAAUUGUUCAGCCCCGGAAAGAGAAAUAUGUCAUUGGAGACGUUUUGAAAUUCUCCUGCAGAAAUAGACUCCUCACUCUCAUUGGACCAGACUCUCUUCAGUGCUACCACUUUGGAUGGUCCCGUAGCCCUCCAACAUGUAAAGAGAAAGUACAGUCCUGUGAUCAACCUCCUCGACUCCCCAAUGGGACAGUGGCCGACACACCGAAAGGGGAAUAUGAACACGGUGAGGUGGUGGAGUAUGUGUGCAACCCCAGGUUCCUGCUGAAGGGUGCAAGGAAAAUUCAGUGCGUUGAUGGAGAGUGGACACCCUUGCCCGUGUGUAUUGAGGAGGACAGGACAUGUGGAGACGUACCUGAGCUGGAGCACAGCGAGGUCGUGUCCCCAGCACGGCCCUCCUAUCACCAUGGAGAGUCAGUAGAGUUCACUUGCAGAGAAGACUUUACAAUGAUUGGUCAGAGCUCAGUUACAUGUAUUAGGGGAACGUGGACCCAACCACCUCAGUGCAUUGCAACAGUUAAACUCAACACGUGUAAAUUAUCAAAGACAAUUGACUCUGAGGCAAACUUACCAGAUGGGAAUGACUUUGAGCAUAAUAAGAAAAUCAAUUACACUUGUGGGAAGAAGUCAGAGCAGAAACACUCAGUCUGCGUGAACGGAAGAUGGGAGCCCGAGGUGAACUGCACAGAAGCACCACGAUGUCCACCUCCACCUCAGAUUCCCAAUUCUCAAAAUAUGACCCUUUCAGUGAAUUUUCAAGAAGGAGAAAAAAUAUCUAUUCUCUGUCAAGAAAACUUUCUAAUCCAGGAAGGAGAGGAAAUCGUGUGCCAGGAUGGACAAUGGCAGUCAAUACCGCACUGUGUCGAAAAAACUCCAUGUUCUCAACCACCUCAUGUAGAACAUGGAAGCAUUAAUUCAUCCAGAUCUUCAGAAGACGAAAGAGAAUCAUUGGAACCCAAGCUAUAUGCACACGGCACCACAUUAAGUUAUAUUUGUAAGGAUGGUUUCAAAUUAUCCAAAGAAGAUGGGAUAACAUGCCACCUGGGACAAUGGAGUGCUUCACCACAGUGUGUAGGACUUCCUUGUGGACCACCCCCUGAGGUUUCCAAUGCUGAUCUGUCUAACAGGUUAAACAAUUACCCACAUGGGGAAAGAUAUACAUACACCUGUAACAGAGGAUUUCGGAUCCGUGGACCUGCGUCUGUAGAAUGUUCAGGAGGAAAUUGGUCCCAUCCCCCAGAAUGCACAAAAAUGACUUGUCCUAGCCCACCCAGCUAUGACAAUGCCAUCCUCGUGGGCCAGCCGAAGAACUCAUACAAGCCAGGAGACCAUGUGACUUAUAGAUGUCAAGAACAUUACCAAAUGGAUGGACCCAGUGUUGUAGAGUGUAGGGACGGCAUUUGGAUAGGAACACCCACAUGCAAAGAUCUCUCCUGUGGCAGCCCUCCCUCAGUGCAAAAUGCUUUUAUACCAAACCAGAAGACUAGAUAUCGACAUGAGGAGACAGCACAUUAUCAGUGCAGGCACCCUUUUGGCCUCUUUGGGAAUCCAGUGGUGACAUGCUUCAGUGGGAAGUGGACAGACCCACCUGAGUGCAAGGAUUCCACAGGAAAAUGUGGGCGCCCUCCUGCUAUUGACAAUGGAGACAUUACCUCGACUUCAUUAACAGUCUAUGCUCCCGGGUCUUCAGUGGAGUAUAAAUGCCAGGCCUUCUAUGAACUUGAGGGAAACAGGAGAGUAACAUGCCGUGAUGGACAGUGGUCUGAGCCACCCAAAUGCUUAGGUCUCCCCUGUGGCAGCCCUCCCACAGUGCAAAAUGCCUUUAUACCAAACCAGAAGCCUAGGUAUCGACAUGGAGACACAGCACGUUAUGAAUGCAGGUGGCCUUUGGGCCUCAUUGGGAAUCCAGAAGUGACAUGCUUAAGAGGGAAGUGGACAGACCCACCUGAGUGCAAGGCAAUGACUUGUCCUAGCCCACCCAGAUAUGGCAAUGCCAUCCUCACAGGCCGGAAGAAGAAGAAGUCAUAUAAGUCAGGAGAACAAGUGAUUUAUCAAUGUCCAAAAUAUUACCAAAUGGAUGGAUCCAAUAUUGUACAGUGUAUGAAUGGCAGGUGGAUAGGAACACCCACAUGCAAAGAUCUCUCCUGUGGCAGCCCUCCCUCAGUGCAAAAUGCCUUCAUACCAAACCAGAAGUCCAGGUAUCGACAUGGGGACACAGCACGUUAUGAAUGCAGGCACCCUUGGGGCCUCGUUGGGAAUGCAGAAGUGACAUGUUUAAGAGGGAAGUGGACAGACCCACCUGAGUGCAAGGCAAUGACUUGUCCUAGCCCACCCAGCUAUGACAACGCCAUUCUCGUGGGCCAGCCGAAGAACUCAUACAAGUCAGGAGAACAAGUGACUUAUAGAUGUCCAGAACAUUACCAGAUGGAUGGGCCCAAUAUUGUACAGUGUGUGAAUGGCAGGUGGAUGGGAACACCCACAUGCAAAGGUCUCCCCUGUGGCAGCCCUCCCCCAGUGCAAAAUGCCUUCAUACCAAACCAGAAGCCUAGGUAUCAACAUGGGGACACAGCACGUUAUGAAUGCAGGCAGCCUUUGGGCCUCUUCGGGAAAGCAGUGGUGACAUGCUUCAGUGGAAAGUGGACAGACCCACCUGAGUGCAAGGAAUCCACAGGACAAUGUGGGCGCCCUCCUGCUAUUGACAAUGGAGACAUUACCACGGAUCCAUUAGCGGUCUAUGCCCCUGGGUCUUCAGUGGAGUAUCAAUGCCAGGCCUACCAUGAACUUGAGGGAAACAGGAGAAUAACAUGCCUUGAUGGACAGUGGUCUGAGCCACCCAAAUGCUUAGGUCUCCCCUGUGGCAGCCCUCCCACAGUGCAAAAUGCCUUCAUACCAAACCAGAAGCCUAACUAUCGACAUGGGGACACAGCACGUUAUGAAUGCAGGAACUCUAGGGAACUCUUCGGGAAUGCAGAAGUGACCUGCUUACCUGGGAAGUGGACAGACCCACCUGAGUGCAACGAGCCCACAGGACAAUGUGGGCGCCCUCCUGCUAUUGACAAUGGAGACAUUACCACGGAUCCAUUAGCAGUCUAUGCUCCCGGGUCUUCAGUGGAGUAUCAAUGCCAGGUCUUCUAUGAACUUGAGGGAAACAGGAGAAUAACGUGCCAUGAUGGACAGUGGUCUGAGCCACCCAAAUGCUUAGGUCUCCCCUGUAGCAGCCCUCCCUCAGUGCAAAAUGCCUUCAUACCAAACCAGAAGCCUAACUAUCGACAUGGGGACACAGCACGUUAUGAAUGCAGGAACUCUUUGGGCCUCUUCGGGAAAGCAGAAGUGACAUGUUUAAGAGGGAAGUGGACAGACCCACCUGAGUGCAAGGAAUCCACAGGACAAUGUGGGCGCCCUCCUGCUAUUGACAAUGGAGACAUUACCACGGAUCCAUUAGCAGUCUAUGCCCCGGGGUCUUCAGUGGAGUAUCAAUGCCAGGCCUACCAUGAACUUGAGGGAAACAGGAGAAUAACAUGCCGUGAUGGACAGUGGUCUGAGCCACCCAAAUGCUUAGGUCUCCCCUGUAGCAGCCCUCCCACAGUGCAAAAUGCCUUCAUACCAAACCAGAAGCCUAACUAUCGACAUGGAGACACAGCACGUUAUGAAUGCAGGAACUCUUUGGGCCUCAUCGGGAAAGCAGAAGUGACAUGUUUAAGAGGGAAGUGGACAGACCCACCUGAGUGCAAGGAGCCCACAGGACAAUGUAAGCGCCCUCCUGCUAUUGACAAUGGAGACAUCACCAUGUAUCCAUUAGCAGUCUAUGCCCCUGGGUCUUCAGUGGAAUAUCAAUGCCAGGUCUUCUAUGAACUUGAGGGAAACAGGAGAAUAAUGUGCCAUGAUGGACAGUGGUCUGAGCCACCCAAAUGCUUAGGUCUCCCCUGUAGCAGCCCUCCCACAGUGCAAAAUGCAUUCAUACCAAACCAGAAGCCUAACUAUCGACAUGGGGACACAGCACGUUAUGAAUGCAGGAACUCUUUGGGCCUCUUCGGGAAUGCAGAAGUGACAUGUUUAAGAGGGAAGUGGACAGACCCACCUGAGUGCAAGGAGCCCACAGGACAAUGUGGGCGCCCUCCUGCUAUUGACAAUGGAGACAUUACCACGGAUCCAUUAGCAGUCUACGCUCCCGGUUCUUCAGUGGAGUAUCAAUGCCAGGCCUACCAUGAACUUGAGGGAAACAGGAGAAUAACAUGCCGUGAUGGACAGUGGUCUGAGCCACCCAAAUGCUUAGGUCUCCCCUGUGGCAGCCCUCCCUCAGUGCAAAAUGCCUUCAUACCAAACCAGAAGCCUAACUAUCGACAUGGGGACACAGCACGUUAUGAAUGCAGGAACUCUUUGGGCCUCGUUGGGAAUGCAGAAGUUACAUGUUUAAGAAGGAAGUGGACAGACCCACCUGAGUGCAAGGCAAUGACUUGCCCUAGCCCACCCAGCUAUGACAACGCCAUCCUCUUAGGCCGGAAGAAGAAGAACUCAUACAAGUCAGGAGAACAAGUGACUUAUCGAUGUCCAAAAUAUUACCAAAUGGAAGGAUCCAAUGUUGUACAAUGUAUGAAUGGCAGGUGGAUAGGAACACCCACAUGCAAAGAUCUCUCCUGUGGCAGCCCUCCCACAGUGCAAAAUGCCUUCAUACCAAACCAGAAGCCUAGGUAUCGUAAUGGGGACACAGCACGUUAUGAAUGCAGGCAGCCUUUGGGCCUCUUCGGGAAUCCAGUGGUGACAUGCUUCAGUGGGAAGUGGACAGACCCACCUGAGUGCAAGGAGCCCACAGGACAAUGUAAGCCCCCUCCUGCUAUUGACAAUGGAGACAUUACCACGUAUCCAUUAGCAGUCUAUGCCCCUGGGUCUUCAGUGGAGUAUCAAUGCCAGGCCUCCUAUGAACUUGAGGGAAACAGGAGAAUAACGUGCCGUGAUGGACAGUGGUCUGAGCCACCCAAAUGCUUAGCAAGGACUUGUCCUAGCCCACCCAGCUAUGACAACGCCAUUCUCGUGGGCCAGCCGAAGAACUCAUACAAGUCAGGAGAACAAGUGACUUACAGAUGUACAGAACAAUGCAAAAUGGAAGGAUCCAGUGUUGUACAAUGUAUGAAUGGCAGGUGGAUAGGAACACUCACAUGCAAAGAUCGUUCCUGUGGCAGCCCUCCCACAGUGCAAAAUGCAUUCAUACGAAACCGGAUGCCUCGGUAUCGACCUGGGGACACAGUACUGUAUGAAUGCAGGAACUCUUUGGGGCUCUUCGGGAAUCCAGUGGUGACAUGCCUAAGUGGGGAGUGGACAGACCCACCAGAGUGCAAGGAGUCCACAGGACAAUGUGGGCGCCCUCCUGCUAUUGACAAUGGAGACAUUACCACGUAUCCAUUAGCAGUCUAUUCUCCCGGGUCUUCAGUGGAGUAUCAAUGCCAGGCCUACUAUGAACUUGAGGGAAACAGGAGAAUAACGUGCCGUGAUGGACAGUGGUCUGAGCCACCCAAAUGCUUAGAUGCCUGUGUAAUAUCAGAAGAAAUCAUGGAAGCACAUAACAUAGAGUUGAGAUAUUCAUAUGCGAAAAAAAUUUAUACCAGAACAAAUGAUUUUGUUGAAUUUAGGUGUCGUCGAGGUUACUAUCCUGAACUGUCACCAGCAUCUGCAUUCCGAGCACAAUGUCGAGAAGGAAAGCUGGAGUAUCCCACUUGUGCAUAACAUGAGAGCUGUGUGGCCGUUUUCACAUUAAAAUAUGUGCCUUCAUGCAGAAUUUUUAAAUAUUAAUCCAGUUCAUCUCAAUUUAUUUUUCUGUAAUUCGCUUUUAUUCACUAAUCAGAAUUUGCAUUAAAUACCAUGUGGAAGAUGUCAUUGUAAUCUGAGAGACCAAUGGACCACUUCUCCUAAGCAUCUUAUUAACAUAUGACAAACCAACAUGCUAUGUGUUCUGUUCAUGAAAUGUCUCUGCCCAGAAAUCACCUCAGUGCUUGCCUCUAUCCCUCAUUGAUGUUUCUCGCUCUCUCUCUAAAAUCAAUAAAACAUGAAAAAAAGUUGAAUAUCAAGAAUGUGCUGAAA